CAGAACACAUCAGAACACCAGUAGUGCCGAGAGCCAUGGCAGCGAUAGGGGCGUUGUUAUCUGCCCAUCAUGGCUUGGGAUACUUGGCCAUCCAUGCUGGACAAUUUGGAGCUCAGCCGCUGCUCUCCAGACGUUUUGUGACACCAGGGACGCCUGCCACAUCACUGGUACUCGCUGCUGAAGCGGCCAAAGUCAUCGGUUGCAUGGGCAUGCUGAAGGCCGAAGGUCGCGUCGAGGAGGCGUUCAAGGAUUGGUCCUUCCAAGGCUUUCUCUUCGCAGCAGGAGUCCCGUCGAUUACUUAUUUAGUCCAGAACGUAUGCCUCCAGGUGGCAUACCAAAAGCUGGAUGGCAUCGUAUUCAACAUCCUGAAUCAGACGAAGAUGCUCUUCACUGCUUUGUUUGUCUUUCUGAUUGUUGGAAGACGGCAGUCCAGAGUCCAAUGUUUGGCACUGGUGAUCCUCACAGCGGCUGGAAUGUUGGUCAGCUACUCGGAAGUGCCGGACCGGACCGCCAAGUCAAGAAGCUUCGAGAGUUUUGCUUUGGGUUCUUGCUGCAUUCUGCUGGGGUCUGCUCUGUCCGGUUUAGGUGGUGCCAUUGCUGAGUGGGUUCUGCAGAGGAAACGACGGGACAGUUACCUCUUUAGUUCGGAGAUGGCAGUGCUCGGCAGCGCUGUGAUCUUAAUAAAUCAUUGGACGAAUUCAUCUUCAAGUGACGGCCUGUUUCAGAACUGGACGCGUUACACGUUGAUCCCUGUGAUUACCCAGGGCUGGGGUGGCAUUGUCGUGGGUCUGAUCUCCAAGACCGCUGGCAGUGUGCGAAAAGGCUUUGCCAUCAUGGUGGGUCUGAUUCUGUCCUGUGUCUUGAAGUGGUUGGUCGAGGGCGAGUCGCUGCGUUGGUCCACAUUUGUGGCUGUGCCACUCGUCGCCGUGAGCAUCUAUCUGCAUGCAAAGUACCCUCCAGCUGCAAAGCAGGCGUAAGGAGGGACGUCUGAUCCCCUGCGUAGGCGCAGGGAGCGCAGGCACCCCCAGGCGAGCGCAGGCGAGCCGCGAAAACAGUGCGCCAAGCUGCGGAGCGGGUGAAAGCUGC